AAAUUCUAAUUUUCAUUUGUUUACCGGCGCGAAAUAAUAGUCUUUAACGAAAUUCUUUAUUAUUUUUUAUAAUAAUUAAAAGCAGGGAUUUUUAUAUUCUUAAAUAUUACUAUAAUGGCCAAAUCGGUGUCUGCAGCCACUACAGAAUGCUUAAAUAUCGAUUUUAUGAGAUCCCUCGUAAAGCAAUACUCUGAAUUAGGACAGUGGACAAGUGCAUUGUUUUGGGCUGAUGUGGCUGCAGCUGCAUGCAGUGGCAUGGGACAAGCCAGCGGGGAUGACAUCUGGCUGUUGGCCAGCGCUAUGCUGGCUCGAGGUGAACUCCACAGAGCUGCCCAUGCUGUGACAUCAAGGGCACUACAUAGGAGGCAUUUGUUAUGUCUCGGAGUAGUGAUGCGAGCGUAUCUCGCGGCCAAGGAGCCUGCGACGGCGCUCAACAUGAUGGACGAGUGUGAUCCAGCACUACUGGAACCACGGAAUACAGAUCAAACACACAAUCGUGCGCUGGCGGGCGUGCUGGUGUGGCAGGCGCGCGCGCUGUCGGCGCUGGAGCGGCGCGAGGCGGCGGCCGAGGCGCUGGCGGCGGCGCUGCGGGCCGACUGCGCCAGCUACGAGGCGCUCGACCUGCUGCUCGACCAGCACGCGCUCACGCCCGCGCAAGAAUUGGAGCUAAUUUCGUCUCUACCGGUGAGCUCGCAAUUGGGCGUAGCAGAGGGCGCUCUGGUGCGGCUGGCGUACCGCGAGAGGGCGCUGCGGUACACGCCUGAGCCCUUGCCUCCUUCUAGUGGAACUCAUCCGCCGGGCGCUGAUACGGGCGGCGGUGCGAGUACGGAAGCGGGCGUGGAGGCGGAAGUGGAGGAGGUGCGCUCGCGCACGCUGGAAGCGAGCGUGGGUCGAGCGCGGCGGCUCGCGGCGGGCGGCCGCUGGCGGGAAGCGCUGGCCGCGCUGCAGGAGCCGUGGGGCGCGGCGGCCGAGCGCGUGGCGUGCCUGGUGGAGCUGCGCCGCAGCGCUGAGCUGUUCGCUUUCGCGCACGAGCUCGUAGACGCGUACCCGCAAGAAUGGACCUCCUGGUUCGCGGUCGGCUGCUAUUAUUACCUCAUCGGUAAAAGCGAGUUGGCGCGGCGCUACCUGAGCAAGGCGAAGACGCUGGAGCCGGGCGCGGGCUGCGUGUGGCUCGCCUACGGACACAGCUUCGCCGCGGAUAACGAGCACGACCAGGCCAUGGCCGCAUACUUCAAGGCGAGCCAGCUGAUGAGCGGCUGCCACGUGCCGCCGCUGUACGUGGGCGUGGAGUGCUCGCUGCUCAACAACCCGCCCAUGUGCGCCAAGUUCCUCGCGCGCGCCGCCGCCCUGCACGCAGGCCUACAUACGGCGGAGCAGGCUGGGCCGGACGCGGGGCGCGGCGCGCGGCAGGCGGGGCAGGCGGUGGAGGCGGAGGAGGCGGAGGAGGCGCAGGAGGAGGCGGAGGCGGAGAACAAGGGCCGGUGGGAGUGCGUGGUGCGCUGCGUGCAGGAGCCGCACGUGGCGCACGAGGCGGGCGUGGCGGCCUUCGCGGCCGGCGACUACCGCGCCGCGCGCGCGCUGCUCACCCGGGCACUCGACGCCGCGCGCGGCGACCGGCCCGUCGACGAGGUGGGCGCGCGCUGGGCGCCGACGCUGGACGCGCUGGGGCACGCGUGGCGCGCGCUGGGCGCGGCGGGCGAGGCGCUGGGCUGGCACGCGCGCGCGCUGGCGCGGCGGCCGGCGCGCGGCCGCUCGCACGCCGCGCGCGGCCUGUGCCUGGCGCUGCUGGGCCGCCGCCGCGCCGCCGCGCGCGCGCUGCACCGCGCGCUCGCCGCCGACCCCGACGACGUGGUCGCGCACGCGCUGCUCGACGCCGUGCUCGACCGCCUGCACGACGACCACGCGCCCGAUGAAGAAAUACCCCAGUUCCCUUUCCCGGAGCUGAACAUCUCUCCCGCGGCGCCGGCCACGCCCGCCGCCGCGCCCGCCUCCGCUGACGUUACGGGCGCCGCUGACGUCACCAACAUGGCCGACAUGAGCAUGAGCUUCGACUGAGACGAGCUGUACUUUCUGGACCGAGCAGUUCCGACGAGACGGCGGCGUGUCGUCGUGUCACGUGACAGUAACAGUGGACCGACAUAGACACCUUGUAAAUACAUAUAACAAUGUGUAUAUAUAUUAUAUAAUUUCCGAGUCAAUAUAGAUACGUCUAACUAUUUAUCCACAAGAAUUUUUAAUUUUUUUCACCGCAUAAUUAAAAUUGUUUUUCCAAAAUUUGACUGUGAGAGAAUAUGUAGCAUUAAGUACACCUUUUGUACAAAACAUUUUUUUGUAAUGUUGUUAAUAAAGAAUAAAUAAAUAAAUAA